GAGUGUGGAGGUGUAGAGAUGAAGUCGUCAUCCAGCUCUUAAACAUUGGGCUUCAGGCUCUUUGGGCAUCAUGUGAGCAUCUCCUGUAUAAAUCCUCACGCGUGUGUGAACUGGACACACAGAUCCAGAACCAGUGGAUCCGACUGACCCACAUCUCGGUCUCAACCUGCAGGACACGUCCCCGGUGAGUGAGUGGAGCAUUAGCUGCUAACAGCUAAAAGCUAACAACUGUAGCCUUGUCUGGUCCGAGCUGCUCCGGGGCCCCGGUCCACCAGCAGCCGUAACCCAGAAGUACCACAGAGUCAAAGACCGAGCCCUGGGAGGCGGGCUGGUCCUGUACGUGCAGACACUACCAGCACCACGGUGCUAGGAGAUGCUAGCUGUGGCUGGUCUCAUAUCGGAUGGAGAAGAAAUUCACGACAAUCAUCCCACUGGCUGAUCUUGAAAAUUCAGCUACUAUGCCUUCUGUUGGACUGCUUCUUUAAAAAGUGGUAGCCAUGGCUUCUUGCAAGGUAGACGAGCUACCCGGGGACAUCAAGGACUUUGCCACAGUCUCCGAAUCACUUUUGCGAUGUAGCCGCGGUGACCUCACAGAGGAGCUUCAUUCAGACAUGCUGAAUGCUGCUGUGAAAUCUCAAAAACCUGGAAAAUUCCGGACUGCCCUGACGUUUUUCGGAGUGCGUAAAAAUAUCUGUAUUUUACCCAGUUUUUUUGGAGGACGAAGUAAAAACCAGAACAAGGGCUCCUCUAAGAAAGGAAUCACCAAAAGCAAAACACACGAUGGGCUGAGUAAGGUGUGUCACGAUGACUGUCUGAGUGGAAAGUACUGCUCAGCUGGAGACACUGAAUACCAUAGCCAGAGGGACUCUUCAGGAGAUCUCCACACGUGCUGUCACAAUGAAUGUAGCCACCCCACUGCUGACCAGAAGUCACUGACUCUCGGUCGCCAGAGGAAAGGUUUGAGGAGUCUUUUUAACAGCUUUAAGCAUCACAGAAACCACAGAAAUGGGGGAGUGGAUAAAACCGAAAUGAUUGCAAUGUCUACUCCCCGCUGCAAGAGGGAGGUGCCUGUUGUCCAUGAUAACGCCAACGAGUACGUCACAGAGUGCCUGGGAUCUGAACCGGAUGUGCCUGAUUUUGAAGAUGUCAUACAAGAAGUUUCCAUUGGUGCUGAGUGUAGCGGUGCCGUCACGGUCGCACUAGAAAAUAGUUUAGAGCAAGAUAGCCCAAAGUCUGAGCUCGAUUAUCAGAUGUGUGAUGUUCAAAUGGAGGAGAUGGAUUUGAUGGCUGUGGUUUCCAGUGACUGCAAGGAGACUUCUCGGGAACACAACGAGCCUCGCCUAAAUGUCCAGCAGAAGUCAGAAUCUGCCUUGAAGUCCGAAGCGCCCAGUGGCUCGUCGGAUCAACUAAACCUGAUGUUUGGAGACGUUGCAUCGUUGAAGAGCUUCGACUCACUCACAGGCUGCGGGGACAUUAUCGCAGAUCAGGAAGACGACAGCAUGUCGGAGAGCACAGUUUCUGGAGAGAGGAGCCGGAAUGGAGGGAAGAGGGCCUCCUGCUAUCUUACAUAUCAGGGUGGCGGUGAAGAAAUGGCCUCACCUGAAGAUUUGGAUGAAGAGUGUCUUCAAGACUUCUGGGGAAAUAAGGGUUUAGAAAAAAUCUGCUGCGCUUGCAACGAAGACCACACGGAUAUGACUGAGCUGACGAGUUCUCAUAAUAUGGACCUAUUGAACAGUAACAGCGCACAGCAAGCCAGCGGCAUGGACACUUCUUCAUUGGCUGAUGUUUUGACUCCUCAAAGUGAGCAUCAAGAAUCAGUUCCAACCAGUGAUGAGGGCUACUAUGAUUCAACGACCCCAGGGCCAGAGGAAGGUCAAGAAAAUGCUGACAGACUGCAGACAGACAGAUUACCCAGGGACAGUUACAGCGGAGAUGCCCUCUACGAACUUUUUGCACCCGAUGAGAGCCUCAUCAGUCCACAUUAUGAGAGCAAAUCAAAGCUUCCCAGUUCAAAACAGUGCGUGUAUUUAAGUGAGCCAGUCGACGUGACAGAUUCAGUCUUUGUUCCAGACAUGGAUCGAUUACAAAUAGGCGCUGAACGGUAUGAAGUUCACAAUUAUCAUGAAAGCAGUAAAUCCUCAGAGUUGACACAAAACAUGGUUGGUCGGCAGGAAAUCAGCUUGAACAAAGACUGUAGUUUGAAUUCAAAGCUACAAGCGUCAGGCGGCAGGCACAAUAUAGAAGCCAAUGUGUUUGAUGAGAAAGACAAUACACUAGUUUCAGCUGAAAAAAGAACAAAAUCCAUCAAAGCAGACUGUGAGCAAAGGCACAGCAGCGUAUCGUUUGGCAGCACGUCUGACCCCGACUUUGAAACAUUCUGUGAACCCAAAGAGCAGCAUCUUGAGGAAAACAAGCCCGUGGCUCUGCCGUACAAAAGCAUCAGCUCCCAGUCUCUGGAUUCCAUCAUUGAUUUGGAUGAUGGGCAAACUGUGUGUUUCUCACAAGCACUCGUUGACUACACAAAAAACUCUCAGAUGCUGGGCAACUUGCACAACAGCGUGGAUGAUAUGCAGACGAACACUGCCUUCACUCCAAACAUGGAGGCCUUACCCACCAUAGUCACGUUUGAUGUAGUGGAUAUGCACAACGAGGGUGAGUACGACGAGCAGAUUCACAUGGAGCUGGAGGAGGACCUUUCAUCGCCCUAUCAGGACUUUGAAGAAAGCUACCUUCAAAAAGACUCUUUUGCAGAGUUCGACUAUCAAAUGUUAGACCUGUACGAACAGAACCUGAUCAGUAACACAUGGGCUGUUGCUAGUCUCCCACGGCACCUAGGCCUUACACGAGUCAGCCAGUCCAUGGCUAACCCGCUGUCUCUAGACAGGAAAAGUAGAUCUCUAGACACAGAGGGCCUUGAGUUGAAGAUGCCUGACUCACAUAGAGAGGAAAGAGAUACUAUUGUUUCUUGCCAGCAGACUGAAAAGGAGCCUGGAAGAGAUGUGUCUGCAUCAGAUGUUAAAGACUGUAGCAGCAUUAUGGCCUUAUCAUGGCAAACAAGGUCAGAAGUGGCUCCAAGCCUUCCUCUGACAGACGGGGAAAUUACUGAAGUACAGAGCGUUAGUCAAGCCCACGUUAAGCAUAAACAAUUUUCCUCUUCGUCCAGCAGGGAUUUUCCUGACGGUAAAGUACAGCGUCCUUGCUCCAAUGUGUCGGACAGAGCGUCCUGUGGUAUAAUGUCGCAGAGAACAGAGCUGUACAACAGACAGUGUCACCAUCCUUUGCCAUCGGACGCCUGUUUACCUCACAGCACCUUUGUUUAUCCUGUAAUGGUGGAGGAGUUAUCAGAGGAUAUCGAUGGUGAGCUUUUUUGUAAAACAGCCAGUAAUUUGCAGUCCUACAGGCAGUGUGGUAAAAGCAGAGCAGGGGCUCAUAGGGAGGGAAUGCGUCGUACAGGGAGUCAGCUAAACGCAGGUGGGCCUAAAAAUGAACUGGCCGCCCUCAGUAAAACCUCAGUGCCCCGUGGCCUGCAUCAAACUCCCAGAGCCGACCUUUGAUUGAACGGCUUUUACUCAUUCCGUUAAUAUCCCGUGUAUAUGUGCCAAUGAGUGCUUUUAUGUUACAUCCAAAGGAGUAACUGUUGCUUCAUUUUUACAACUGAUUCCUAUUUGCAAACUGUGAUAGACGGGACACCAAUUUGAAUUUUUACUUUGUCUGUGCCAUCGUGCUGCGUCAACUACAGUGCUGUCGAGGGAAAGUCAAACGGGAUUUUCUGCACUUGCAAAGUACCGGUAGUUUGCUUCACACAGAUCAUACCUGCAGUUGACUGCAGGAUACUAGAAGGGAUCAUUAGUUUUUUUUGCAUUUUUAAAUGGUCAUAGAUUCAUCUCAUCCAACUGUUUUUAAUAAUACUAUUAAGAGACAGUUUUUUUUUUUUUUUAUAUAUAUAUAUGUAGCCUCCAGGUCUGAGGCACACGUUGCUUACAAGGCUAUUCAUUAGCCCCGGUUUCCAUAGCACAGGCAGCUGCCUCUAAACACAUGUAUAGUAUGCGUUUGCUUUAAGUGCCAGCUGAUGUUUGUGUUUACUGCUUUUUUUCAUGGCAUCUCUUUGCUGCAUUAAGGCGUACGUUGGCUCGUCUAAAUUCAAUGUCAUUAGCUUUUUUCUAUAAUUUCGAGGUAGAUGUUUUUAGGAAACAAAAGAGGAGUAUCACAGAAGGGAACAUCUUAAUUUACAGGGAGCAGUCCCUCAAUCCACUAUAGGCCUUCUUCAUAACAGACGCUGUGGCAAUUCAGAGCAGAUCCCUUUUCAGACAUGAACCCAGAGUUUGUCUAUUACAUAGUGAGCAGUGGUCACCAACCUUUUCAAGCCCAAGAUCACUUUUUAAUUCUUAACGUAUGCUGAGAUCUACCACCCGAUAUCUUCCAAAAAAAACACUUAGGAGGGUCAUAUUUAUUAUUUUAGCAAUUCCUGUAAAAGGUUGAAUGUAAGAAAGGCAGUUAUGCAACUAUCUAUUCUUUUCACAUUACUAUCACUUCACAUUUACAGCAUCUGUUCAAUGCACAAUAUUUAGCUUCUCAGUUCAACAAUAUGUUCUGCAGAGUAGCUGCUACUGUGGCACAAUGUUUUUAAAUAGGCGUUGUCUUGAAUAUUGCCAUAAAUAUGAUUAUUUCCUUGUAUCAAAGUAGUCCUGUGUACUCAAAUAAAUACUACACAGUAAGAAGCUGUGCAUCGUUCACUCCUGCAACCCUUUUUAAAGGGCCCAUAUUGUAUGAAAUACAUGAAAGUUACUGUUCAAGUCCAGAGGUUAUGCUUUAUUUCUACUACAUCGGCCGACUGUCCUGCUAAAACUUGAUCAGGUCAGUGUAACUUACCGUUCAGGAACAUCCUAUUGUAACCGACUGUAAAUAUUUGGCUGGUCCUAUGUAGAUGUAUUCAAACAUACCAACGUGACUUUCAGCUGCAUCUAACAUUGUAAAUGCAAGAAAUUGAGAUCGGUGAUAGGCCUGGUUUGUGUGUCACUCAAAGUGCAGUCAGCCAAUCAGAGUAGAGGCAGGCUAAAACGGAGAGGUGUAAGAUAGGGGCUCUUUAAAAAACAAAUAAUGGAAAGGAAUUCAACAGAUAAACAUUAAAACUCUGUUUGUUCUUCUGUGAACCACAAUAUUUGUCUUUACCACAAAAGCAUUUCAAAAACUUCUCGAAAAAGGUAAAAUUAAAAGCACUCCAGCCUUUCACUUUCUGAAUCCAUUAAUUUGUUCUAACAGUGCUCUGAUUGUUAUUGCAAGACCAGAAGAUGCACCUAUUCAUAGAUAGAGUCCCGACAUGUAGUUUAGUACAUAAUCAUGACUGUCAAUUGCAAUCGACAGGUCGGCGACCACUGAUUACAGAGAUUGCAGCAAGAGAUUGUCCGGGUCAGACAUGAUCACAACCAAAGGAAAAUGCUAUGAACAUUAAGGCGAGGGGUGGCGCCUAUGGAUGUGUUACAAGCUGAGCAUUUAGGAGGCAGCACUUAACAUGUGGCUCAGACGGUAGAGGUCGUCCACAAAUCAGAAGGUUGGUAGUUCAAUCUUCCAAAGUGUCCUUGCGCAAGAUACUGAGCCCGAGAUGAACCCUGACGGCUGGGCCGCCAGAGUGUAUUAGACGAAGUGCAGCAUUUAUUAACUGUAUGAAUGUGUGAAUUAGAGACUGUGGCUUGUAGCUCUGUUGUGGUCGUUAGGACAAAUUUGCCGCGGAACUUCAUGUGUGUUUUGUUUACAGCACAUCGGCAUCGGUUCUCGAGACAUCUUCGUCUGUGUCUUCUACAUGUAUGGCUCCUCUUUUCAUCUGGAGAUAUUCGUUUUCUUUUUUCCAUUGUUUUGCAUCCGUCGUAUGUUACAAAUGUCAACAACAUGCCCACCUGCUCUCACUCAUAUUUUACCAGGGGGGCUGGUGGGAACAUUUCUGGAGGAAAUAACUGUAUAUUCUCAAAUAUAGUCCCUCUGGAGUGUUUAGUGCGGGUCUGAGAGCAGCUUAGUAAUGGGCCAGGUGUCUCUUUAAGAAUCCAACUACUUAUCAUCAUCAUUUAUACCUGUGAUUUUCCUACUUCGACUCGUCAAAAUGUAUGCCUUUUUAAAAGGCAGUUAGACAACAUGCAUCUUAAUAUCUUUGUAUUUGGCGAAAACUCAAAAUAUCAAAUAGGAAAUGUACAGGUAGACUGGGAUCUCAUUUACAUACUGAAGACAGUUUUGCAAGUCAAAGCCACCACUUGUCGAGCACAUGUCCACAUACAUGUACUCUGUGUAUGAAAGUGCUUCACAUCAAGGAAACAGCUUGGAAACUUGUCUAUAAAAUGGUAAAAUCAAAACUAGGAGAAGAAAAAGCUAACAGUAAUUAGUAGUCUCUUAAGUUAUUGUGCGGGUCUCAACCGUGGCUGCUGUUUUUCUUUGGCGCCGGUUUCCACCUGUUAAGGGCAAAUUUCUUAUUUUAAGGAUUCACUCCCUUCACCUGUUACUGUAAGAUAAUGGAAUGAAAAAUCUGUUUGGUUUUGUUGAAAUGUUAUGCUAAAAUAUAAGCUGGUAUUCUCACCUUGUAUACUUUUCUUUUUUGUUGUGAUCUAAAUGUUUUGAUUGGUCGGAGGUUAAAUUGUCACAUGAUGUCGUUUUUUAUGGCGUAAUAUUGAACAAAUGUAGUUAUAUUCUCAACUAUUUGUACACUGUAACAUUGUAUCUAGAAUGGUUAUUACAAAUGGCAAUAUUCUCUUUUGUUUGAGUUCUCUUUUUUUUAUUAUGUUCUUUUUAUUGUCUGAAAGUUACAUCACAGGAUUCUUCUGGAAAGUGUGUUAGAGUUUUGUCAGAUUAGAACACUGCCUUACACGAAAAUAAACAUGUCAAGACAGCA